UCUUCCUUGAGGCUCGGAGGAGACACGUUUUAUUAAUUAGUGCACUAUAUCGCAUUGUUAGUUUGCUAUUAUGGACCGCCCUUCUUUUGAAAAUAUACAUGGCUCAGUAAAAACUGCUCAAGCUUCUAGCCAUUUGUUUGAAGGAGCAAAAUUAUCCUUCACAAAAGGGUUGAGUGAAACUUUUCAAAUUUCUCAUAACUUUGAGUUUGGUAACCCAAGUUUGUAUAUGUUUAAUGCCACUUUUGUCGAUUUACUACCAGGUACACAGUCUCCUCGCACUAUACUUAUCGGAAACAUGGAUACCACCCAAAGUUUUCUAGCCAGAGUUAUCAGAAAUUUCGGAAACCUAACAACAACAGCAAUUUUUCAACAAUAUACUAGGCAAAGCCAAUCUCAGCUGGUGACUCAAUUAGAGGCAGAUUACCAAGGAAGUGAUCAUUAUGUGUCUUUAAAAGUUGGCGAUCCAGACAUUGUAAAUGAAUCCGGAGCUUGGUUCUUCAGUUACUUGCAAUCGUUUACUCGAAAAUUCUCUCUUGGAGGUGCACUCCGUUACGAGUAUAGUAACGGCCUUGAAGAUGCUGUUACUACCGUUGGCGGCUCCUACAAGAAUGAUGAUCACUGGCAAGCUAACGCGACUUUUGAAGGAAGAAUUACAGGUUUAUCAAAUUUUAAUUUAUCUUAUUUAAAAAAAAUUCAUCGCACAACGAACUUCUUUCUUGAUUUUGAAGGUCAAUUUUUUGGAGAAUCCAAGGUUACUGGUGGCUAUGAGGCGAACUUUCAGCACGCAACUGUGCGUAGCCAAGUGAACACUGCUGGGGAAGUUUAUACUUUUAUUGAACGAAAGUUGGCUCCCGGUAUAUCUUUUAAGUUUGGAGGAAGUUUGGACCAUAAAUCUAACGAACAGCGGUAUGGAUUCGGAUUUUUCAUUGGUGGCCCCUAA